GCAACAUGUGAGCUAUUGUUGAUGAAGAACAUGAUGGACUGAUACUAAUCUAAUACAGGACAGGCGCAUUGAGGGAACAAAGAACAUGUAUUUCUUUAUUCGGGGAUAUGAUAGCCAUGGAGUUAAUAGGGGGAAGAUAAUAGAUGUGAAAUAAGUAAGAAAUGAUGAAUGUCAGACCGGUUUAGAGCGCCCGGGCGCGGUCCACGCACGCGGCUGAGCCCAAUCGCUACGUGCUCAGGGCGAGCGUCUGAACCAAAUCAGCCUUUGUUCGAACCGUAUCCGAGCCAUUCUAACGACAAGGUGGGCUAAACUAAACCAAAUCAAGCCCGAUCUAAACCCAACAUCCCCCUCCCCCAACCCCUGUGACGCCAUGGAAGGGACUUCUUUCCCGUGGAAGGUGCCCGGUGACGAUUGUCCUUCCUUUGCGUGAAAGGCGGCUGUCGAUUAUAAGUCGGCCCUCCUCCCUCCUACCCUCUCGGUGUUGCUCUCCCUGUGCCUCCCCGCCGACGCCCGUCUCCCGUGCUCAGCCCCCCUUCUCUCUCUCUCUCUCUCUCUCUUUUUCUCUCUCUUUCUCUCUCUCCCAAGCAGAGGGAGAUAGAGCACUCAGGCCGCCUCCUCCUCCCCCCGCUCCUCCCCCCGACAGCCCCCUUUCUCUAUCUCCCAGCCGCGAGAUCGCCGUGAAUUUGCCAUCUAGGGGGUUCUGAGGUCUUUGAAGAGGAGGAGAAGACGAUGGGGACGAGAGAAGUAUACGAGGAGAAGCUCCGGAGAGGCAAUCUACACCAUGACCCCACGAUUAAUCCUGGCUUAGGCUCUGCUCGUUGCCCCCGUUGCCUCUCUCUCAUAAACCCUAACUCAGAACAAGAGGAAUGGACCAUCAACUCUGUUUUGCAUGAUGCAACUUUUGUGGCUGGUUCAGGGGCUGGUGUGAUGCUGAGUGCUGUCCAUGGGAUGAAUAUAGGGAUUCCUUUUGUUCAGAAGCAUGUAAAGGGGCCCAAAUGGCUGCAUUUUCUUUUCGUGAUUCCUCCACUGCUGUUGUAUUCAGGAGCUAGUGCAUCAUUAGGAGCUUACGUAGUUCCAAGGUUUGCUCAGCUCACUGUGACAUCUUAUUAUGCUGCUUCAAGUGCAUCACACUAUGCGGUAUCACGAGCCACUCGAUGCAUCGAAGAAUCCCAUUCAUCUCAAUCUUCGAGAGAUGUCUAAAAUCCAUACUUGCGACCAUUUUGUGUUUUUUAAUAUGUCGAAGCAACAUUUCCUUUAUAUAGAAUAGUUGGAGGAGUUUCUCUUUCUUUCCUUUUCCUUCA